UGCUACAGGAUUGGGAGAUAACAGGCAAAGACACAGCAGUAGUCGAGACCCCUGUCCAGUCCCAGUUACAUGCAACUGACAUUGUGAGCGCGAUCUGAUCAGGCCACCAUGCUGCCCUGGAGGAUGGCCACCAUUGGUCUUUUCUUCUGCUGCAUCAUAACAGGUGUGACGCGAUGCCAGACUACAGCCCUAUUCCCAGCUGCAAGCAGAUAUAUAAGAGGGGCGGCAAGUAUGGAGAACCCCACCUUCCACAACUCCUUUGAUGACGUUCAUCUAUUAUUUGAGAUCCUGCUGGCUGGUAUAAACUUUGAGGCCAGCGGAGAGUUUUCAGUGCAAGAUGCCGAGCUGGCUUCCCUCCGCAAGACAAGAAGCCUGGAAAUCAUCUGUGAGGAGAUCAUUCCCAGGAAGCUAACAGAAGUAUUUAGACUCAUCUCUGGCCUUUCAAACCACAUUGGUCACCUGCAUCAGGACGAUUUUGAGCGCACCCUGUUGACCUUGGUAUACACCACCCAGGGGAUGGUCAAUUCCACGACUGAAUACCAACGAGAUGUGUGGGCCGAGUCUUUUGUUGGUUUGUAUAAAGUCAUCAAGCAGGAUCUGACUGGGAAAAACUGAUACUGGUGUUGCAACACAAUGGCUCCAUGUUGGAGAUUAAUAUAUAGAAAUAUCCAUUGAGAUCAGCUAAUGGUCCUGGUUUGUGCUUUGAGGAAA